UCAGAAACUGAAAACUAUGCAGAUGUCGCAAACGGAAAUAGAAAACAACGAAACUAUCGAAACUACGAUAACACAACAUUUUGCUCGUUUGCACGGCGUCCUACAGAAUAUUGAAAGAAGAAUGAUCGAUAAAAUUCAUGAACAGAAUAAUAGCUAUAUUAAGAAUAUCACGGAACUCGAGACCCAACUGAAGUCCCAUCAAAAUCAAUUACAGGGAGCAUUAUUGGUAGCCUCUACCGCGAAAGAGAAUAUCAAAAGAAUCGAUUUGGAAAAUGUCAUAUGCAAAUUGAAAGAUAUCGCCGAUGUACCUUGUCACUUGAUAAAAGAGUCAUUUAUUAACGAGGACAAAAUAAUAUUUAAACCCGACGAAAGCAUCAUCGAUGUUCUAGAAAAACACUGCACUCUUCGGAUACCUUCGAAGAUGCAAUUCUAUCUAUUGCGUACCAAACUCUUGCCCGAAAAUUACCAAGUGGAACCUUUGGAUAACACCAUAGCUAUUUCGAAUAAUCCCUCGAUGGAAGAAGAACUUUCGGUUCCACCAAACAAAACCAUUUCCGUGACUUCUCUUUCUUCUGGAAAUACCGAAAGCUCCCUUCGAUUGGAAUCUUACGAAUUGGUUAAAGUACUGAAGGUCGUCGAUCCUUCCUGCUUUUACGUUCGAAAUAUGUCGACUCAGAAGCAAGCAGAAAAAUUAACGAACGAUCUUGAAGCUUAUAGCACGAACGCGAUCAAUCCAACAAAUGAUAUUAUCGUCGGUACAAUGUAUAUGUUAAAAUAUUGCACGCGACGGGAAAAAAAAUGGCAACGUGGAAAGGUCAUAAAAAUUAACUUAAAUCAAAACGGCGAUAAAACCUACGACAUAUUGUACGUCGACAAUGGAUACAUCGAACGUAAUGUAUCGAUUAAACGCUUUAAGCUGAUCCCAUACUAUUUGGCAGCAGUACCUAUAUUGGCAACAAAAUGUUCUCUCCACAACAUCUCACCGACGAAUGAUCGUUGGAGCAAGAGUGCUACCGAUACAUUUCGUAAAUUAAUUAAUAAAAAUGAUUCACUAUUGAUGUACGUCGUUCAUACCGUUGGCAAUAUACAUUACGUCGAUCUUUGUUUCAAAUCGAAUAAUCCGCAAGAAGAAAAUAGCUCGAUACGCGAUUUAAUGAUAUUUAUGAAACAUGGCACCCUUAUGUCGUCCCAAAGAUUAAAGAUAUUAAAUCCAUUACCAAUAGUAAUUUACUUUCACGAGGAACUUGAAAUGGAGAUAUACGUUUACGUUACAGUUCAACACGUCGAAUCACCCAACUCCAUAUACGUUACGAAGAUUGGAGAAAAUCGUAAACAUAUCAACAAACUUAUGAAGGACAUGAUGUUAUUUUACAAAAAGAAUGCAGGACGUAAUAUGUUAGCCUGUCCUCUUGAAAUAAAUACUCCAUGCGCGUUAUACUCAAAUGGAAUGUGGUAUCGUGGAUUAAUCAAGAAAAUCAUUAAUGAAAAAAGUAUCGAUGUAUUUUGUGUUGAUUUUGGAUAUACUAUUACGUCGGAACAUAAUAUGUUAAAAUCAUUGCCGCAUUAUUACAUGAGCAGUAGAAUGCAGGCGAUACAUAUUUCCUUGAAAGAUUUAUCUCCAUUGUCCGAAGAUCACAAUCAAUGGAGUUUACAGACAAUACAGAUAACUAAGCUACAAUUGACGAAUAAAAAUGUCAAAGUUAUAUCUAUGUUUAAAAAUGAAAAUAUUUAUGACGUUUAUUUAUAUAUUAACAAUAUUAAUUUCAAUUCUAUGUUAAUCAAUAAAGGUUUCGCCGAACCAAUAGAACCAAUCGCGUUGAUAUAUCAGGAGAACAAAGAUUUGUUAUGUUUGAAACAGGAUAGAAAUGAAGAAAAUAAAAAUCCUUUACCGAUCGAUGUAAAAUGGAAUAACGAAGAAACAAUGCCAAAUGAUCCACCGAUGAUCGAAUCCGAUCCCUUUAAAGUAUCCAUUCAAGUGCAUAAAGCGAUAUCGCCCGAUUGUAUUUAUGUUUCUGACGUGUCACGCGAAGAAGGAAAGUUUAUAUUCAUGUCGAAGCUACAAGAUUUUUAUAGAAAAUAUCAUUCACCACAAGAAAAGAACUGGACGAAGGAUUCCGUUUGUGUCGUUUAUUCGAAAAAAGAUAAAAGUUAUUUUCGCGCUUAUAUAUUAAACGUCAUUACGUCGAAAGAAGUUUUAGUAUCAUUUUAUGAUAUGGCAAUCGAGGAAAUAAUUCCAAUUGAGCACAUACAACCGUUAGAUCGACAAUUUCGACAAGAACCGGCAUAUAUAUUUAAAGUUAAGCUCGCCGGUAUUUUACCAUGUGGCGGUUCAAAAAUCUGGCCUUCUGUGUCUUGUCAAAAAUUGUCAGAAAUAAUAGACGAAAAUCAAAGUUCACAAUUUUAUAUUACGAAAAUGUCGGACAUGGAACAGAAUAAAGAGAUAAUACCCGUUCAACUAUGGAUGAAACAAUCAAAACCAGAUGGACCAUUAUCGCCAAUGAAAACGGAAAUCAAUUCUAUUAACAAAAUGUUAGUAGAAGCUGGAUUUGCUUUACCAAUAAAAGAUUACAAUGCAAAAAUAGAUAAGAUACUGGCUAUUGAAUUUAAACGACAAUUAUUAGAAACACAGAUAGGAUAUCAGGAUAAUGAAGAAAAUAUAAAAUGGUUCUCUGUUAAUGAAGGAUUAGAAUGUUCCAUUGAAUCGAAUGAACAAAAUAAUAAUGAAAUUUCUACGUCAGAAAUAAUAUCAAUGCAUUUAAAUAUAAAUUCGAAAAAUGAAGAAGAAGUCGAAAAUGUAAAAGACGAAGAAGAAAAGUAUGAAGUAAAGAAUGAAAUAGAAGAUGAAAUAGAGUAUGAAGGAGAAUAUGAAGUAGAGGAUGAAAUAGAGGAUGAAAUAGAAGACGAAGAAGAAGAAGAGGAAGAUGAAGAUGAAGAUGAAGAUGAAGAUGAAAAUGAAGAUGAAGAUGAAGAUGAAGAUGAAGAUGAAGAUGAAGAUGAAGAUGAAGAUGAUUCUAAUACUACAUCGAGCAUUAACGAUGCUAUCCAAGUACCAAUUUUAACAGAUUGGUUACCGGCACUUCCAAUAAAAAAGAAAAACUUCACUGCCAUACCAACGUACUUGGAUCACUCUGGAAUGAUUUAUUUACAUUCUAAAAAAAAUGCAAAAAGGACGUUAGAAUAUAUAGAGACAAUGUUAGCUGAUUCUUAUAAAAAGAUCAAGAUAAAACCAUGCGAUAGAAAAUGGAAGGAAGGAGAUAUAUGUAUCGCGCAGUAUCAUGGCAACAAAAAGUGGUACAGAGCGAAAGUAUUAUCCGUGUUAGAUGAAAAUACGAUAGAGGUUCUAUUUGUUGAUUAUGGAAAUAUCGAAGAAUGUUCGAUUGGACUUGUAAAAAAAAGAGUUAUUUUAGAACAUAUACCAAUCCAGUGUAUUAAAUGCAUUGUUCCCGGUUUAAAUCCGGAACAAGGAAAAUGGAAAAUAGAAGAUUUGGAUAAAAUACAUGUAUUUCUUGUGGAAAAGGAAUGUAAAGUUACUGUUUUAGAAAAAACCGAUACGCACUUAGUUGUAUCGAUCACAUUAUUGAAACCAAAACAAUGCGAUCUUCUUUCUUUCGUUACUAAUGAAUUAGGAAUUCGUUUGGCAUCUAAUUCAAUAUAUACGAAUCCUAUCGAAAUAUCGGAUAAUAUUACUUCAGACAAUAUAUCUUCGAAUUCUUCGAAUGUAAUUAUUGAAAAAUACAUAGUGAAUAAUAGAACAAUCUCUGAUGUAGAUACAGAUACUGAAAUGAUUAUGGAAUACUUAUCAGAUAUAGACAGUGACAUUAUUAGCGAUAAUUCUAUAAUAAUAAAUAAUCUCGAUGAGAUAGACAAUCAUAAUAAUAAUUUACAAAUGAUUAAAAAAGAAUUAGUUCAUACCAAUUUAAAAAUUACAAAUAUCGAUUAUUUUGACACAUAUAUACCAAUCAUUAUUCCCAAUGACAUUGAUACCUUUGAAGUAGACUUAUGUUAUACUGAAACAGCAACUAUAUAUUAUACUCAAAUAAGGGAAAAUAAAAAAUCUAAGAUAUUAAACGAUUAUUACAAUCGUUAUAAAAUAUUAAUGGAAAGUUUACAAAGGGAAGCUCCUAAACAACCAUUGAUCGAAAGUUUAGUUUCCAAUACUCCCUGUUGUGCCUUGUUUAACGAUGAUAUUUGGUAUAGAUGUAUUAUUAAAAAAACUACAAAAAUAAAAAAUUCAAAGAAGACUUUCGUUCACUUAUGGUACGUUGAUUUUGGAAAUGAUGAAUAUCGAAAAGUGACAUUGGAAGAGAACGUUGUAAGGACCAUUUGUCUGUGGAAUUAUAUGUGGAUAAAACAUGUAAGAAAUUGAUUUAUAGUUCUUUAAUCAGAGACGGUUUUUUUCAAAUAAAUAAGACGAAGAAAGACUGAUGAAAAAAAAAAAAAAAAAGAAACAAAUAAAAAAAUUAAAAUAAAACAAAAUAAAAUAAAUAAAAAAAAAAAAAAUAAUAAAAAAUAAAAAAUAAAAUCUUUAAUCAUUUAUGUUUAUUUCAGAACAAGUUUACAUGAAAAGUUUUGUUUUGUUUUAUAUAUUAGACAUAUAAAUAAGUAAUUUAAAAAAAAUAUAAUGUUCCUAUAUAGAUAAUAGUCUUUAUCAUUAUUUGUGAUAACAAAUAAUUUUGUUAAGCGAUAUCUAUUAUAUCUUGUAUCAUUAACGCUGUGUACUUUUAGCUAUUUGUUCUUUAAGAACCAAAAUACUUUGUCUUUGUUCUGGCGGAAGCAUAGCAAUUUGUUCAUCCGACAAUUGCAAUACUUGCAUUAUUAAAGCAGCCUGUGAUAAGAAAUAAAUUUAUAUAAUAGAUAUUAAUA